GUUGUCUAUAAAAGAUGCACUCUGCCAUAACUCUUGUUUCAACUCAUCCUUCAUGAAAUUUCAAUCUGAAGGCAUUAAAGGCUCGAAGGAACAAGCACAAAAUUGAAAAGUAUCUCCACAGAAAAGGAAACAGCCUUAAUGGAUUCAGACCAAACAGAUGGAGGCAAUAUGAGCCAUGGCAAAAAGAAGGGGGUAAGGGUAAGUGGGAAACAUGCAGACCCUUCAGAGUGGGAAAGAAAAAGGACUGAUCUGCCCAUGGUCCAGACUAACGUACCUGCUCCAAUCCCCUCUGACAACUCCACUAUUAUUUCCAUCGGUCCUCAUUGCUGGCCCAAGGUCUCCGUUGAAUCACAGCCUGAAGACCUAACCCAUACUGAUGAAUGGAACAGAGAAGGCCACUGGGACAACCUACCUCGAGACGCAGCUACAAAACAAACAGUGGAGGAACUGAAAAGCCGAUUGAAAGAGCGCUCCAUGUUAAAUACAAGAGAGAGAGAUGAAGAUAAAUUCGUCGGUCGUCAUUGCCACAUGCCUGGACAGAGAAUUGACUGUAAACCGGAUCACGUCCCAUCGUUCACAACCUUCAAGCCCAUUCUAGGAAAUGACAGAAGAGCAAGAGAAACUGUUUCGUCUGGCUGGGAAUCUGGUGGCACAUCGAAGACUGGUGGACAUAUAAACAGGCCCACCACUUUUAAGUUACCUACCAGUGAAAGAACAUACUUGGUCGACAGUGGGAUAUCACAGAAAGGUCAGUGUCCUGUAAGGAAUCCAGUAGUGUCUGGCAACAUGGGAAUAAAUUAUUAUAAAAAACAAACAGAAUUUCCUGAAAUGUUGAUUUUUGUAUGCUCCAUAGAUAACAGGCAGAAUCCACACACAGAAUACUAUGGAUCCCAAAAUUCCAUUGCAGAGGUUGAACACAUAAAGAGGCAGAUCGACCGUGAGAAUAUAGGCUUUGUUCGCUUUGAAGCCACUGAUCUCCACGGGGUCUCUAGAUCCAAGACAGUCCCUGCUUCCUUAUUUCAUGAAAAAGCAGUUUAUGGUGUGCCCAUGCCUAGAAGCUACCUAGAGCUGACACUGAGCCCCAAGGAAAAUGAGGUUGAUCAUCCAGUUGCUGCCAGUUUCAACAGUGAUAUUCUUUUGAUCCCUGAACUCUCAACCUUUCGAGCCCUUCCCUGGGCUGAGCAGACUGCUCGUAUCAUUUGUGAUCCUUGUACGAUUACAGGGAUUCCUCUGCGCACAUCUCCUCGCCUUCUUGCUAAGCUAAUGCUUGGUCAGCUUCAAGCCAUGGGACUCUCCAUCCAUUCUUCUUUCACCUAUGAAUGCUGCAUCUUUAGAGUGCUAGAGCGGAUGGACCCCAAGGUCAUAUUUUUCCCUGCCACUACUUUACUAAGUAAUCAUGAUAUGCCUUUCUUACAGCAACUGGUAAGAGGGAUGUACCACAUGGGCAUCAAUGUGGAGAGCUUUGCAUCUGCCACUGGUCCAGGACAGAUAGAGAUCUGUUUCAAACCUAAAUUUGGAAUCGAAGCUGCUGACAAUGCCUUCACCUUUCGUACUGGCGUGAAAGAAAUGGCCAGGAAGUGUAACUACAUUGCCACCUUCCUUACUGAUGACACCAUCUACAAUUCUGCCUGCCUAUCACACAGCCUAUGGGAUGCCAAUGGCAGAAGAAAUCUAUUCCAUUCAGGCACUGGUGAGAUAUCAGAGAUUGGUAAGAAAUGGCUUGGAGGGCUUCUCCACCACUCACCAGCUCUAAGUUGCCUAAUGGCACCGGGGCUAGGCUGCCGCACUCAGCUUUCCAGAGGCAAUAUUUCAAAGAGCAUUUUCUAUGCCACUUGUGGUUGCAAUGACAACAGUUGUGCUUUUAACGUGAAGCUUCACGGUGGACAGGAGCCCCACAUUGAGAACAAGCUUGGCUCAGCAAUGGCAAACCCUUACAUAGCCCUGGCAGCUACCAUUGCAGCUGGUGUGGAUGGUAUCAACAGUAACCUCUGUGCAGAACAGUUUCUUAACAGAGCUCCUGUGCAGCAAAAACAGUUUGCCAUACCUGUUAAACUGGAGGAUGCCUUAGUAGCCCUGGAAGAAGACAGCGUGAUUUGUGCGGCACUGGGUGAGCCAUUUGUGCAUUAUUUUAUUGCCAUGAAACGGCUAGAGAUUGAGACACAGGAAUCUGAUACAGACAGGAACAAAACCCUGGAAUACUUCAUCUAGUAUUUCAGGUCUGGUAAACCGGUUUCCCAGCCAGAAGUCAGAUACUGACAUACUGAGAAAUAUGGAUUUAUAACGUGUUAAUGUAUCACCUCUGAAGAAAAAUCCAAAUGUAAAUGGAUAGAAGUGAAAUGAGAGGAAGUUUUGUCAUGAUGCACUUGUAUCUCCACUUAGAGUAUGUGGGUUAUUACUACUUGCUGUUUAUUACCCCACAUUAGAAAAAUGGGUGAAAAUCUGUGAAUGUUUCCGGCCUUGAAAAUGAAUUUAAUCCCAUUCUUAAUCCCAAGCCUAUGAAGAGCCUUUAUAGAAAAUUACCCCCACCCAGUUAAAUUCUUACCUUAA